GUAAAAUAUAGAUUUUCUUUUUUACUAAAGAGGGCGAAGGGAUCGAGAAACGUGUGAAGCAAGUAAAGUAUGUGGGAAGGAAAAACCAUAGAAGCUACACGGUGUUCUCCGUGUUAUCGUCACAGACGGUCACAGAUAAGCUGUCAAUAGGGUCAAUAGUGAUCAUACAAGUUACAAGACAACGUUGGUGGCAUGGCUUCCAUACGGAAAUUUAUAGACAUUGGAGCGAAUCUGACGGAUGCUAUGUACAAAGGAAUUUAUCAUGGGUCAAAGAAACACGAAAAUGAUUUAGAAGCUGUACUUGAAAGAGCAUGGAAAAUUGGAAUGCAGAAAAUAAUCAUCACAGGAGGAAGUCUGGAAGAAAGCAGGGAGGCACUUCAACUUGCAAAUACCCAUGAAAAACUGUACACUACAGUGGGCUGUCAUCCAACCAGAUGUAGUGAGUUCGAGAAGUCUGGAGACCCAGCGUUGUACCUUCAGGCUCUCCAAGAUCUCAUACAGAGGGGCCAACAUAAAGUGGUAGCACUUGGAGAAUGUGGACUGGAUUAUGAUCGGCUGCAGUUCUGCCCCAGAGAAACACAGAUAAAGUAUUUUGAAUAUCAGCUGACAUUGUGUGAGGCUGUGAAAAUACCCGUAUUCCUGCACUGCCGCAAUGCUGUCUCAGAUCUGGUUAACAUUCUGUCCAAAAAUAGAGAUCGACUGAAUGGAGGGGUGGUGCAUUCUUUUGAUGGUUCUGAACAAGAUAUGAAAUCCCUACUUGAAUUAGGUUACUACAUUGGCAUCAAUGGUUGCUCACUUAAAACUGCUGAUAACCUUGAAGUUGUUGCAAAGAUUCCAAAUGACUGUCUAAUUCUCGAGACAGACUGCCCUUGGUGUGAAGUGCGUCCCACACAUGCUGGUGCCAAAUUAAUUAAAACAACAUUUCCAACUGUCAAGAAAGAAAAGUGGCAAGCAGGAAGCAUGGUAAAGGGGAGGAAUGAACCAGCAAAUAUAGUACAUAUCUUGGAGAUAGUGGCAGGUGUGAAAGAAGAAGAUAUGGAAGAAUUAUGCAAUACAGUAUACCAAAAUACAACAGAAUUAUUUUUCUCCAGAUGAAUGUCGCUAAGAUUUUGUCCGUUGCUGUAGAAUCUGGAGUUACUUCUGCAUUCAGGCAUGUGCUUCAUUGCGGCUAAAUGGUACCAUAAAAGAAGCUUCCCCAUGCAUGGCAUGACAGUGUAACGAGGCCUUCCACUGGAUCCACUUACUGUUGUGCGGCCAGAAUAUUUCUGUGGUACCACUAUAACAAAUUUGAUUCUUUUUCUUUUGUAACUGACCAUUAUAGUGCUGUUAUUGGCAUGCCUUUUGAAGUCAAUACCAGACAGCAUCCUGCAAAACCUCA